GAAUGUCAUACAAUGGGUUUGAAUUUGUGGUGGAUUCCUGUCCUUUAAGUCAGGAGAAGACAACUGAGGCAGCUACCAGACUGAACUGUAGUGAAGAUGAAUAUGGACGGAGUCGUUAUGUCUGUGUCCCAAACCAAAACCUCACAGCCUUAAUAGAGUUCUGUUAUACGAAAACAAUUGUUGGAAUUUACCAGAAAGGUCACUGUCUGAGAUCGAUAGGGAAUGGAUUUCUAGACCAGAUUAGCUGCACUAACUUUACAGAGGGAUGUCCUAAACAGUAUUUCAGAAGCAUUGACCUGUAUAAAUAUCCAGCUUGUCUUCAUCUUAACACAGAAGAAAGAUGUUUUAUUGCAGAAAGCUCGUGCAAUGCGUCCAAAAUAGUAGAAGCAUCAACAAACAUACUGGGAGCCUUGAAUAUGACAACUGACUACACUAGCUCUUUUAAUACAACAAGAACAACUGUAAAUGAUGAACCUGUAAACGUAGGAGAAAUAGCUGGAAUCGGAGUCACUGUUUCUCUUUUCUUCCUGAUUAUAUUAGCCAUUAUGAAAAUCUGGUGA